AUGGGCAUCGUUGGUGAAGUGGCAGGCCUUGCAGCGAAGGCGAAAGGCCACUUCGAGCCGAAUGGUGCCCGCCAGCUGCGCUGCAUUUUCUAUGGCUGGGUGAUUGUGGGCGUGUGCAUUUUCUGCAAGAUAUUCAAGGUGCAGGGCCAAAACAAUGUCAUGUCGUACACGGUGCCCCACUUGUUGCAGGAUUUUCAGUUGUCGCAUGCCGAGCUGGGUGGUCUUUUCUCCGUGGCUACAAUCCUGGCUGGCUUUGUUCAGCCACUGCUGGGCCGUGCAAUUGACAAGUAUGGAGCCAGAGUGUGCAUACCCAUGAUGCAGGUAGCCCUUUGUGGUGCCUUGUUACUUUUCGCUGCCUGGACACGCCCAACGAGAAGGUGGGUGCUGUACAGCGAGGUGGUGUUCGUCUUCUUUUUCUUGCGGACACUUUCUCUUGGGGCAGCAGAAACAUUUCCAAACACUUGCGUGCAGCAGUGGUUUCAGCGACGGCGUGGGCGCGCAGUAGGUGUUGUGUUUACAUUUCAAUGGCUUGGGAAUGCGUUUGCUGGACCAAUCGUCUCCAGCACCGUUGCAAGCUAUGGUUGGCAAAGAGCUGCGCUGGCGGGUUCAAUCGCAAAUAUGCUUUUGGCGCCAAUCUCCGCAACUCUGUUGCGACGAAGCCCUGAGGCGUGUGGCCUGCAACCAGAUGGUUGGACAGCCGUUGCGGCUGAUGAGGAGAUGGAGGCUGUUAGCAUGAAAGGUGCCAGCGAGGCACCUUCUGGCAAAGAUCGCGAAAUUCGAGACCUGUGGCCACAAUUUGCUUUCACUUUUUUCUAUGCCGUCAUGUUCGGCGGCAGUGAUUUUUACAUGGUGGAGAUGACCUCCGAGGCAUGGCAAGAAGAGCUUGACGUGUCCAUCUUCAUAUUUGGUCCUAUGGCUCUGACAGCAGCGGUUUCAACCCCACUUGUCGGUGAGCUCAUGGACGCAUGGAGCCGAACACAUAAACGCCUUCCAAUAGUGCUAUUGGCAGCCGCCGGCUUUGUGACGGCAAUUGCAACAUCAUGGUUGACCUGCAUUGGCAGCAGAGCUUCUGCUGUCCUAUAUGGUGUGGUUCGCGGUUCAACCACAGGAGUUUUCCAGAGCCUCCUCAGUGCCGGACUUGCAUUCACGGCGCUGGGUGUCCGUCGGGAGCAGAUUGGCCAAGUGCUGGGUUACAACCAGCUGGCGACGCUGGUUGGUACUGGUGUGGGUCCUUUCUGGUAUGGCACAUUUCGGGAUGUGUUUGGCGCAUUUCGCUUUGGCCUGCUCCUGUCAGCACUGCCUCCCUUCAUGCUGGGCAUCUUUUUUGCUGCGCAGGCGUUGGCAACCGAGCAGAAAGAAGCUGCUCCGGAUAAAGGUGACUCGCAGUCUCCAGAGAAGACAAUCUCACCCACAGCUCAGCAACAUAUGGUGCUUGGUGCAACCACCGCAGAGGCUCGCUGA